GAUUUUCUUCAUUUAAUUCAGUGAAACAGAACUUCAAUCAAAACUCUAGCAUUGAUUUCAAAGCUGAAAGAAUAGGCUAAAAUGCAUAUAAUCCAUACAAUUGUAUGUUAAGGAAUGAUUUUGAAUUCUCAUCAUUUGGUUAUAUUUUUUAUUCAAAAGGAUUGAAAUCUAAUUAAAAAAUAAAUUUCAUGAUUUUCUAUUGUUGUUAUCAAUAAAUAAGGAUAAAAUGAGUAAUAUAUAUACAUAUUUUUUUUCCUGAAUUGAGUAAUAUAUUCUAAAAAACAUUAAUAGACUAAAAUAAGUUAGAAACUCGAAUAAGAAUUGUAAGAAUCCUUUUCCAACUCUAUGAAAAAUGGAGUCUAUACAUAUGAAAUUUAUACCCCUUCCAGACUUUACUCUUUUCAUCUCUCCACCAUUUUUUCAUAGAUGAUAAUCCAUCGUCAUGAGUUGGUUGUUAGUUGUUACACGUUACAACAACCUAGACGUAGUCAUCCGCUCCAUUGUUGUAAAGUUGCAUUGGUGUAAUCUGGUUUCCCUGAUUGAGUUGGAAUGAAAGAAGUUCUUACUGUCCAAAAUAUAGACGCUUAUUAAUUAUUAGAUGGCCCAUCGAUUCAAGAAAAAAGAGGGCGGUGUGCUGAUCCUGGGCCUAUCCAACUUCUUAAGAGAAAAGCACAAUCACAAUCCUAAUGGGCCGGGCUGAAAAGAAGCAAACAUCUCGGCCCGUUCCCCUACUCGCACAGCUCUGUAUGCAACAGCAGCAGCAGGCCAGCUGGAAGUUUCCCUAACACGCGGCAAGGUCGUAAACAGGUGGCUCCAACAAAGCGACAAAACACGAAAAAGAUCCCAAAACCGACUUUGUCUUCUAGUGGUCGCUCUGCCGCCACCGGUCCCAAACAAAACCCGCGUGCUCCUCACCCCCAGAAUUUCCGCCAACCCUCCGCCCGCCGUUUGCUACAAAACCCAUCUCCCCCUUCUCUCGCAUUUCGCAAUCGAAAACUCCAAAAAGAACAUUAAAAAAAAAAAAAAACGAAACGCUCGUCACAGAACAUCGCAAGAUGUGCCGAACAACAGAUUUCGACGGAUUCAAGCCCAGAAGCAGGAACCCUCUCAACAUCAAAGCCUUCUUCUGCCGCUUCUCCGGCUUCCACCGCCGCACUUCCUUCCCGGACUCCCUCACUCUCCGCUUCCUCCCUCGGGUGAACGGCACCGAGCUCCAGAUCGACGGAUCCAAGAUCCGACCCGACUCCAACGCCUUCCUCGAGCUCCACAGGCUCGUCGACGUCAAGGCGAGAUCCGGCGAGGCGGUCUACGGGUCGAGGGAGCCGGUCAAAUCCACCGCCGGGGUCAGCUUCGAGGUCUACCUGCGGGACGACAGGGUCCUGGAAGGGAUCUUCACCAAGGACGAGGAACACGAGUGGAACCUGGAGUGCAGGUGUCGGGUCGAGAAUGCCGUCCUCGUUGGCUGCGCUGCGGCGGCGGCGGCGGAUGUCUGCGUGGCGGUGGCGGAUCGGAUGGCGGCGCUGAGCGAGAGAGUGAAGUUGGUGGCCCCGCCGAGGAGGAAGAAGGGGAAUUGUCGGAAAGUGCGGCUUGACAGGCUGGUCGUGAUCCCCGAGGACGCGGAGGAUGAUGACGUGGAUGAUGAAUUGGCGGCCGGUCCGUGUUGCUGCGACUGCGAUGGUAGUGGUACGGAUAGCGGAUAUAGCGGUGGUAAUUGUGAGGAAGUUAGUGGGCCGGGGUCGCCAGCUAGUGAUGAGGAGGAGUUGGACUUGGAGGGAGUUGGAUGGGCCGUGGAUGUUGGGCUUUGGGUCAUGUGUUUGGGUGUGGGCUACUUGGUCUCUAAGGCCUCAACCAAGCGACUUAGGCGGAUGAGGAUACUCUGAAUCUUGGAUUCAAGGAUCAGAUUCAUUUGUUCGUAAUUGUAAAUACCGGAAUAUACACUGACUAAACUUACUUACUAGUGAGUUGUAAGUUGUAACCUUGUUAGAGAUACUCUUCGGUAUUGUUUAAUCGUGUUUGUAGCUUUACUAAUGAAGAUGCACAGCCAUUCUUAGUGAGCUUGGAAGGAACUCCUUGGUGUAUACCAACGUGAAAUCGUAUCGAAGGUCAAAUUCAGUUGGUUAUGGACUUAGGGUGAAUGCUCAUGGAUCCUUUUUUGUUUUAUUUUUUUAGAAUUCACUGAUGUGAUUUCAUUGAAAUCAAUGAUCAAUUGUCUCAAAGGCUACAACAUCAGCUACCAUUAAAGGCAAACAAUCAUUCUCAAAAAGAGUUUCAUCAGAAAUAGCAGUAAGAUGAGCUAGGAGAUGAGCAACGUUGUUAGCUUCUCUAUAAGCAAAAGACCAUUCGUGAACAUCCAACUCUUCCGACUCCUUCAGAAUGUCCGAGCAAAUAUUCCCUAGCUCAGUUCUACAGAUCCUGCCUUGUUUCAACAGCUGAACAAUUUUCCUGCAGUCAAAUUCACAACAACGGGUCCAAGUCCCCUCUCCUUCACCAAUCUAAUUCCAUUGAGAACAACCAUUCCUUCUGCAACAUCCGAAGACCAUCUGACGUUGAUUCUUCUGCUAGCAUGAAGAUUGCAUUACCCUCCCAGUCUCUAAGGAUGCAUCCCAGACUUACUUCUCCUCCGCUGCUCACCCCUACAUCUAUAUUUAACUUGAAAACUCCCAUAGAGGGUUUCUUCCACUUUUUGUCAUUUCUUUGUCUAGGCCUUGAGGAUGCCUCAUCUUUCCAUUGUACUUCCAAAAAACUGUGGAUAAACUCAUCUGUCAGGGGGAAAACCUGUCAUUCUUCCAAGAACUUCCUAUUGAACAAUAAGUUAUUUAUAUACUUCUAGAAGAACCACACUAAAGAGCUCAGUUGUGCUACCUCCUUUGCUGGGUAGUUAUUAACAACGUAGGAGAACGAUGGCCUUCAGUGAUGCAGGAAAGGAGAUAUUGAUCUAAAGCGCCGCUCAAGCACAAGCUACUUCUGCUAUGUCGGUCUUAAAAACACCUGAUGGGAGAAAGGAUCUGAAAGAAGAAUUUAUUGGAAAAAAAAUGGGAGAAAUUGUGCAAAUAAAAGGUAGAGGGUGGAAUGGGCUUUAGAGACCUAAGAAUUUUCAACAAGGCGAAGUUGUCAAAGCAGCUAUGGAAUCUGCAUACUAGGCCUGACACUCUUGUGCCUAGAUUGAUCAAAUCAAAAUACCAUCCACGAACAUCUAUUCUGGAAGCUAAGUUGGGGUGGCGGUAGGGGUGGCUAUACCGUCCGGUCCGAUUAAAUUGACCCAAAUUGAUCUGGUCCAGUUCGGUCUUUUUGAAAAUAUAAGGACCAAAGAUGG